AUGGCGGACAACCACAACAAUGACAGAGGCGGUGCAAAUGCCAACAACAACAGUCUGGACAUCUUUGGGGUGGUGAAUAGGCACGCGAACGUCUUGCCAGACGCCCUCUCCCACAGCGACAUUCGAUCGCAGAUCACCGCAACUAAGAAGGUGUAUGGAAAGCUCUUGACGCCGCUUGGGCUCUAUCUUCGAAAUGGCCAUGACAAUCCUGAAGUGGUACAGGCGUUUUUGGACGCUGGCGCUUCCGUCUUUGUCAAGGACAACUUGGACAUGUCGCUGCUGCAUUAUGCGGCCGAGGCGAAUGCACACAGAACACUUGAGUUGCUCCUGAAGCAGGAAGGCGUGGAGCAAGAGGUUGACCGCCUCGGCACCACCCCGCUCGAUUUGGCUGUCAAGCGGAACCACCACGCGUCAAUGGCGCUGCUGGACGCCACGUCCCUGAACCUCAUGCGAAUGUGCAGGGCUGCGUUUCUUCGGGAACAUGGUGCAAAGGUUCCAUACGUGCUCAGGGACACACGUGACUUCCCCCAGUCCCUCAAGCUGUUCCUGAACUACGACCGCCCAUAUCCGGGGUUUAGCAUGCGCAUCACCCCAUCGUCCAAACACGACACACACGCGGCGGGCUUUGAUGCCGUGGCGGCACAACAGCACAUGCUCGACGUCGCAUCGCACGAAUUCCUCAACGAAAACAGGGUUGCAUUGAUCAAAUACGAGGACGCCAUGACAGCGGACGGACGGGAACACAUUCGCCUGCUGUACCGCCACCUCUUUGAUACACAGGAUUUCCGUGUUGAGCAGGCGCGGUCCUCACGUGCCAUCAUCUUCAACGAACGGGUUGUGCGCGGGCUGUUUUGCCGCGGGGAGCAGCCGCCAUCACCGUCGACUCCACGCGUGUACACAUACGCAAAUGAUGACAGCUUGACGCAAGAGCAGCGGCAGCGCAUUCAGCAGCAUCUUCGUCGCCACUCGCAGCCACAACCGUCUGGUGUGCGCGUGAUGCAGAUCACUGAUGCCUUCGAUGAGGUUGUACCGCUCGCGUUGCACCGGCGUCGUGGUUGCCUGCAGGCAACGCUCGACCCGCACAGACCGACGGCAUGCGCACGCGUGUACUGCACAACCAACCUUCCACCUCUUGACUGGAACCAGGAUGAAGCGGACAUGUGUCGCUUGUUGACGUCGCACGCAAACACACACGCGACCGUUCCACACGACCACGCCCUCCUCAUCGACUAUGGGCCGUUCGCAAAGGUCACCGCGUACGCGUUUUGUCUGUUCGUCCGCGCACCAGCUGGGGAAUCGCUUCAGCUGGUUGUGGAGGGCUCUGUUGUCCCGUUUCAGGGCGAUGUCCUCACAGGAAUGCCGCGCCACGACCCAUCGCGCAUCUUCUGGCAGCCGCUGCUCUGUCAUGGCAUCGACACGCCAGCUCCCGCCGCACAGGAGCCCUUCACAACGCCGCGUGCGUGGAACGUGUGGGCAGAACUGCCGGACUUCGAUGACGCUGACGAGGGGGACGAUGAUGAUGGUGGUGGCGAUGGUGAUGAUGGUGGUGGUUCUGUUGCCUUUGAGGGACAGGCGUUGGACACACGGGAAGAGGCAAGAAGUGCUGACGAUGACAACGAGUGGACAUGCAUUGUGUUCAACCCGCGCGUUCCAGUGCGAGGGACCCGGCUGUUCCGCGUGCGACCUGCUGGGGAAGCGACGGCCGUGUCUGUGCGCCAGUUUGAUGUGUUUGGGGUGCUGGCGCACUCGUGUCUGUUCCCCCGACAGCGCCAAGAGGGCGAUGGCGAUGGCGAUGAUGGUGCGGCGGGCGAGGUGUUGCACGUGCCGCCACGAGAACACCAAGGAGACGAACAUGUGACAGAUGCGGAUGUGGCGUGA